AUGCAUAGCGGAAGUUUCUCAUCGAACACCCAACUUUUGAUCUUCAACGAUGCUGGAGUGACAUUGGCAAAGCCGAUUAUGGUUGAGAAGAUGAACGGAGGCGAAAAUUGCGUGUUCUCGCCACUUUCACUCAACAUUAUUUUGAGCUUCAUUGCAGCAGGGGCCUUAGGAGCCACAAAAGAUCAGCUCCUCUCUUUCCUCAACUCCAAAUCCGUUGAGGAACUCAAUUCCUUGGCCUCACAACUCGUCACUGAUGUAUUAGUGGAUGGCGCUAGUGUCGCUUGUCAUUUGUCAAUGGAGCCUGGAUUGAUCAAUCUCUUUCUUUUAAGCCCGGUUUCAAGAAUCUCGUUCAAUUCAAGUGGAUUACGGAACAAGCCUGAUGAAGCAAGAAUUGAAGUGAACAGUUGGGCUGAAAACCAAACCAAUGGUCUCAUCAAAGACCUUAUUCCCAAAGGGCCAUAUGAGGCUCGACGUUUCUCCUUGUAUUUGUAUCUUCCUGAUGAUUACAAAGGGCUUCCGAAUUUGGUCGAAAGAAUCAGUCGUCAGCCUAGGUUUGUGGAGUCCGAUUUGCCACAUCGUCCAGUUCCUGUUUGUUACUUCUUCAUACCAAAAUUUGAGAUCUCAUAUGACAUGGAAGCUUCAGAUAUUCUAAAACAAUUGGGGCUGGUUUUACCUUUUGACGAGGAAAAAGCUGAUUUCGCUGACAUGGUGAAUGUGAAGCUCCUUGUUUCUAAAAUCUUUCACAAAUCUUUCAUCGAGGUCAACCAGAAAGGUACAAAAGCUGCUGCGGCAAUGGCUGCCAUUAUGCCAGAACCUAUGGGUUGCUCAGCUCUGCCAAUACCUGAACCAAAAGUGGACUUUGUGGCGGAUCAUCCAUUCUUUUUUCUUAUUAGGGAAGAUGUCAAUGGAAGCGUGUUAUUUAUGGGUACUAUUGUUAAUCCUGUUAGUCAUUAG